UUGUCGUGUUGCUACUCCAUCGCAAAUCCUGACUGAACUACAUUAGAUGCAGGCAGUGUGGACAUCAAGGACACAAUCUACGCUAGAAUAUGGUGAACUACUGGUUUGAAUAGCAAGCAGAGGCUUCGUUCUGCAACUAAUUCCUGUCCACGGAUCAAGAUGAUGAGGUUGUCGAGGGGGACAUAUAGGGGGCCUACGGACCCACGCAUUCCUGAGGCCCAUCUCAUACAGAUUAUCAUAUACUUAUUUCGCGUAUAUGAUGUGUUACCCCCUCCAUUCUCGGCCUCCCGUAUGGCGACUACUUCCAACUGGUAUUCACAAUUGAACUCCGUUACUUUCCGGUGCAUGCGUGGCGUGUCCGACUUGGAUGUGUAUGCAGGUCCAACGAAUCGAUCAGAGAUUCAGCCUUCUCCGUUGCAUGCACACCCUAGCAUCCGCAAAGUCGUCAUCUCCCUUUGGGGCCUUGUCGUAGCAUGCGCCGGAUGGGGUGUCCUCGUUCUGUACAUCUACGAUACGAAGUCGAGUAAAAGCUACUCCGGUGAGAUUCUAAUGUCGGAGGGGUGUUCAGUGGUGGAUUAUGGGUCAUAUCCACUUGGCUGUUGUCUGCACUGUUCGGAGCACAUCGCAAAUGUCAUUCGAGAUGCAGGUGAUUGGGGAAGCGGUACCGGACAAAGAGGGAUUACACUGGCGACGAACCCGCGAAGUCGGGCUUCGCAAAUAUUCUCCUUUUUGCAUCUUUCAUUGCGAUAGCCUGUAUAUAUUUAUGUAAGUCACUUGACCUGCCAGUGACAUUAGAUCUGAAUUCCUGAACAAUAAUCAUGACUUCAUUAUCAUUAAUGACAGACAGAAUACCCGGGUGUUGUUUCGUGGUCAAUUCCAACCGUCGACUCCAAUAGUAAUAUUUAU